GAGAGAAACGGGAGAUAGGGUUUGGGAUCCGGCCGCAUCGAUGCUGCGCGCCGACGGCCACGUCCCUCCGGACGGCGGCGCCGAGACGCUUCAGCCAGAGGCGAAGGUCCUCUUCGGGAAGUACCAGGUGGGCCGCCUCCUCGGCCGCGGCGCCUUCGCCAAGGUCUACCGCGCUCGCAACGUCUUCACCCGCCAGAGCGUGGCUAUCAAGUGCAUCAGCAAGCACGAGGUCCUCCGCUGCGGCCUCUCCAGCAACAUCCGCCGCGAGAUCGCCGCCAUGCGCCGCCUCCACCACCCCCACAUCAUCCGCCUCUACGAGGUCCUCGCCUCCCGCUCCAAGAUCUACUUCGUUCUCGAGUUCGCCAAGGGCGGCGAACUCUUCGCCCACGUCGCCAACCGCGGCCGCCUCCCCGAGGAUGCCGCCCGCUGCCUCUUCCACCAACUCGUCUCCGCCAUCGCCUUCUGCCACGCCCGCGGCGUCUUUCACCGCGACCUCAAGCCCGAGAACCUCCUUCUCGGCGACCAGGGCGACCUCAAAAUCUCCGAUUUCGACCUCAGCGCCGUCGUCUCCCCCGCCGCCGGCGACCGCCUCGUCCAGACCCUCUGUGGCACGCCGGCGUACGUAGCGCCGGAGGUCCUAUCCAGGAGGGUCUACGACGGCGCCAAGGCCGACAUUUGGUCCUGCGGCGUGAUCCUCUUCGUCCUCACCGCCGGCUAUCUCCCCUUCAACCAUCCCAAUUUGAUGAACCUCUACCGCAAGAUCUGCCGCGGCGACUACCGGUGCCCAAGGUGGACCUCGCCGGAGCUUCGUCGACUCCUCUCCCGCCUCCUCGACCCAAAUCCCGAGACCCGGACCACCGUCGAGGGCAUCGUCGCCGACCCCUGGUUCCGAGUGGAACUCGACGAGAACUGGUUCUUGGCCAUGGUGCGGUUCCGCGAGGGCCUCGAAGACGUUGAGGAGGAGCGGGAGCUCAACGCCUUCGACAUUAUCUCCUUCUCGACCGAGUUCGACAUCUCCGGGCUCUUCGACGCGGCAGUGCACCGGGAACGGUUCGUGUCUGGAGAACCGUCGGAGGCGAUCCUCGGCAGGGUCGAGGAGGUGUGCCGGGCGGAGGGGCUGGUGGUGCGGCGGAGGAAGGGCAAGCCUGGUUGGGCCGGCAGUGGGGCGGCCGUCGAGGACCAGACCGGUAAUCUUGUGGUCUGGGUCAAGGUUCACCGGUUGAACCGGAAGUUGGUGAUGGUCGAGGUCGAGAUCGGGGGCGAGGCGGAAGGUAACGGGGAGUUUUGGAGGGAGAAGCUCCGGUCGGUUCUGAAGGGUGGGUCGGUUACUGAACCGGCGACUCCGGUUUCGUGUUAGUCGGGCUGCACGUCGGACCGGUUUUCGUGGAUUGACACGUGAGACGGAACUUAUUCGAAUUAGCUGGGCGGGGAAAUUAAUUACGGCGGUAUGAGUAUUAAUUUGAUUCUACGGAUAGAAUUAGAAGUUUUUUUUUGGCUUGAUGUGGAAUAGGAGGAACUAUUGUUUCUCGGAUAACUUAAUUUAAAGUUAGUGUUUUUUGUUACC